UUUUGGAAAAUAGCGAUAUUUGAGCAUCGCUGAUGUGUGCGCGCAAGGGCAAGCAUGAUGUUGAAGAGGAAAUGGUAGUUUGUCUAGCACAUCCUACAUUUCUGAGUUAUAAAAAUCGUGUGUGCUGAAGACAAUCAUCUCGUCGUGGUCUAGAAAAUUUCUGAAGACCAAUCUCGCCCGUUCGUGCCUCGCUUUCCUCUAAGUCUACCAACCCAGUGUCAUCAUUGAAAAUGUUGCGUCGCCGCAAGAGCAGAGCAGCAGACUAUUUCGAGCUGAUGCGGCUCGAUGCCCAAGAACGCGCAAGGCGGGUUGCUACGUCGAGCGUUCCGGUAUAGUACUUGUGUUGACAAUAUGUAGUGAAUAUAGCACUACGAGCAAAAGCUGUCACCAGACAGGCGGGGUAAGAGGAACUUGUCAUGCAAAUUUGCCGGAAAUCGAAAUGAUGCGGACAACCGCACCGGCGGCAUCAGUCAUGCUUUGAUAUAUCAUUAGCCUGUAAUCCACAAAACAGGACGAGGACCAAGAUGGAGCAGAAGAAAAGGGUCUAGAACCUGUGUCCUCCUUUCAUCUGCAACGCGAGCUGGUGCGUGACGAGGAAAAGUCGUGUCAUAUCACAAGAAAAAGGAAAAACGUUACAAGGAUGAAUUUGUGACGCAGCACUGGAUCACAUUCACAAAACGAAAACGUAUCCAAAUUUCAAUUUGUCAUGCAGAGCAUACACCUUCCUUCGGCUUAGUUUGUGACGCAUGAAUGCUAUCCGUAGUGAAGAAAAUCGUACAACGUUUACGCUUUUUCUUGUGAUAUGUCCAUCCGAUUGCAGUUUUCCGCCGGCAGGGGCAGUAUCGAAACAACUACAACACCAGCCUCCGUCUCCCACCAAAGUCAUCGCCUCUUCGUCUUGUUCGCCACCUGCCACUGCACAUGCGCACAGGGAAAUCGAAUCUGUGAAUUUAUGCCACCGCACAACUCCCCCUCCUUCUGAUUUGUAUGAACACAAACAUCAGGAGCAGCGCACGUGCUGGAGCCCGUGCAUGACAACUUGAUGCGCCGAGUGUUGCCCCUACCUCGUCUGGGCUCGAUGUGAAAUCUGUGAUGCAAACAGUGCCAAGAAGGAAUAGCUGGAUUUGGGAUUUCGCAUGACAAAUAUAUAAGGUGGAGGGAAAGUUGUGCACAACCAUAAUUUUCUGCUGCGAGUAUAACCGGGAGUAGUAGAAGUAGGUCCUCCGACAACGCAUUCGGCGAGGUGAGUUUUCGUUUUAGGAGCGGAGCGCCCGGGGAAACGACGCCGGUGGUAUUGACCAGCAGUCACCUAAAUCCAAUCGGCGACCAGGAAGACCCCGUAGAUGGAGAACGUGAACCGGAGACAGGAACGAACCUCAACCUGCUCAACAGCCCGGAGGUGUACAGCAUGUCGGCUUCGGAGCGCUUCCUGCAGGCGGAUUCUGUAUGCACGAUGAAAACAAGUAUGAUCGCACUCAUUCCUGCAAGAACUUGGAUAUGGAUACCAAACCCAGUACGUGGAAGUUCUGACUCCGGGUAUGCAUACGCUCUCCUGCCUUGGGGCGAUUUGAUGUGUCUGUGUACGAAAAUUGAUAGAUACAGAUUUUGUGAUGUCAGUGGAACGAAAACCUGCAGCCGUGCGUGCGAUCCUUUUUUUGCGCAUGAUACCUUCCCGUUAUGGUGGACGAGUCCUCCUUCUCCUCGUCUGCCGCAGUGCUGCACGAACAUGAACAGAAGCCACCAUCACCUGUAGUGCUGUACGCGCCGCAGCAGUGGACUGCCGCUUGGCACCACCACCUGCUGGAGCAGGGGAGAAUCCAGUUCCGAGCGCUUCCGUCACCGAUCCUGGAAGAGCCUCCGGAGAUCGCGUCUUCGCCAUUGGACCAGCAACUCCUGCAGAACUAUUACCGUGACCAUAUGGAGUUCUCAAAUGUUAAGUACAUUCUCAACGGUUACAUGAAUUUGUAAUGCAUGACUGGCAAAAGUGAAAGAAGCAAGAUUGCGCCUUUUGCAUUACAAGUUUGGCGCAGAUUUUGACACUGUCUCGCCCUUCCGAAAUUUGUCAUGCGAAGCAGCUCGAUCAUCUACCGGCUUAAGGUGUUUUUGCAUGACAAAUUCAUGUAGCAGCUGAGAAUGUAUUAACGUUUGAGAACGCCAUAGACCAUAUUUUGGCACCACCGUCUCCGGAAUCCUUUCCUCCUUUGACAAAUCGAAUCACGAACACCACCGGCCGCAGCACCAACAGACCAGGCGCCAAAUCCGAGGACCCGGUUUGUUCCGGCGGAGAGCAAAGGGCCAGCGGAGUGGACGAACGCGAACCAGUGUUCCAAUAUGGCCUGCUCAGAUAGAACAGUCGCAACUGGUGGAGCAACACGGUUUUUUUUAUUCCUAAAUUUGUAAUAAUAACAAAAGUUACACCUGGCACUAAGUAUAGCUGUUGUAAGUCCACAUCCUGCAGCUUCGUAUGAACGACACGUCGGAUUCCAGUGCGGUUCUCGCUUCCGAUGGAUUGUCAUGCUGAGUGUAUAGAUGUUUGUCAUGCUGAGCGAACUAGGAUGGACCACACGGCGUAUUCAUCAAUAUCACAAGUGGUCAUCCAAUACUUCUCCAGCUGAAGAUGCUGUUCCACCUGGCCAGGCCAUAUCUCGGCGUCUUUUUACGACCCUGUUGAGGGCUAUCACUACACUGUACGAAUGCUUUUGAUUUUAUCUUCCCGUGGUCCAGGAUCAUGAUGAUGAUUGUCUUUGUCAUGCGAAAAUAAAAAAACAUAAAAAUAUUAAAUAACCUGAAUCAACACACACAAAUACUAAUACAGGGGUCGGCCAAGAAAAAUCUGUUUGACGAUUUGGAGAAACCGAUUCCACAUGGUUACGGCACUUUAUGAAAUUGCAAAACGACGUCAGAAGGCUGCCCACUACGCAUGACCAUAUGACUGAGCAUAAAUACGCAAUUACGACUACUUUUGCUUUCGUCCUUCGGCUUCCACCACGGUAAUGUAGUUGAUAUCUAGACGAGGAGACGAGCAACGCCAGUGAUCUAUUCAGAAUGUGCUAUGCGCUAUGCGUUCUUGAAAAGAUGUUUUUGCAAUCAUAAAGCUCUACGGACGAAAGGGGUGACUACUUCCAAGGGGAGUUCAAAGAUGGGGUGAUAUGGUACACAAAACUGGGUCGCCAUUUAUUCUUGUGCAUUACAAAAAUAGGUAGUUGUGUGCUGACAGCACUUCCCGCACAAUCAAAAACGCAAUGCAGACUUAUACUCCUCCAAGCACGAAGUCUUGCAUUCUCAGCCUUGUGAAGAUACUUUUACGGUCAUGCUGCAUGCUUUCCGAAGAAUGAAGCGAAAACAAGGGAUUUUUGUUUGCAGUUUCAAAUCAAUGGCAGCUGUGCGGUUUUUGUCUCUCAUAGACUCGGAACGGGUGGGGGAGUUAUGUCUGGCUCCCGGACGAGGAAGGCCUGUGGUACCAGUUUUUCGGGACCUGGCGACGGGGUGCUCCAGAAGGGUUUGCGUACACCGAGUACAUCUUCACACCGCCGGGGGAGGCCGAGUGCAACGGUAUCCUGUGUGAAAACUGCCCCAGCCCAGUUUUGCCAUGCAAAUCCGCAAGGAUAAAAUGCUUCUGAUGCCCAGCCCCAUGAGGAACGUUCUGAAUUUGACUUUCGACUAUCAAUAUUUGAGAGUUUGUCAUGCUGGAACCCGAAUCAGGAUAAAGCACACGUCGAUUUUGAUUCGACGGCCCCAGACCGCAAGCCCAAAUGUGUCAUGCUCGACGACCAAAACUUAUACUCGUGACUACUAUCUAUGGGCCGGGGAUGUUGUGACACAGGAUAACCGUACGGGAAGUGUACCGCAUCUGCUUCGCGUUUUACGAACACGGCGAAUUGAAGACCGAAUGGUUCUGGGAGGGAGCAUAUGAAAUGCAAAAAUGUCUGGGUCUGGAAACUUGUGAUGCUAGUUUGUGCAUGGUAAGCGCACUGCGUUACGCAGCCACGCAUGACAAGUUUCUGAGCUCCUAUGUGUUUCGCUUCCCGCAUGACAAACUGCGUUGUUGCAUGACAGGUGAGAGGCUACUCUCCUGCUCACGCAUGACAUUGGUGGUCUACGGGCAGGACGUCCCGGUGGCACGACGGCCGAUAAGCUUACAAAUAUCAUGUUGUCGCACUUAAAAAUACUUAAAAGAUGAAGAGCAUCUUACCGAUCAGACAUGAGAUUGAAAUCUUAUUGCCUUGCUAGCGCCAAAGAAAAGGAGCACAGCAUAAGGCAGCAAACUUAUCAUCAUGUAUCAGCUGCAUACGAAGUUUUAUUUUACGAAUUUCGACGAGUAAAAAUACUAAAAAAAUGUUGCAAGUCAGACGUGAGGGCGAGUUCUUACAUCUUGCUAGCGUCAACGAAAAAAGAGUACAGUCGACGACCAACAAAAAACGCGUCAUCAUGUGACCACUUGCAUACGAAGUUCCGCGUACGAAGUGCGACGACAUAAUAUGUAGAAAAGCUUACUAAAU